UCGCCACUGACGACGUGGACAUGUCAAGAAGGGGCGGGGUCAAAGCAACGGACGGCUCAGAUUCUGCGGGGCUCGGUCCUACGCCUUGCCACGUGAUCACUAGCAAUUGGGCGGACGUACGACCGAGGGGGACAGGCCCACGUGAAUGAUGAGCUUGGAGCGCAUGUGGGCCCAGGGGGAGGGUGGGGCCCGUUUGGCCGAGGGAUGUAAUUGUCUAACGUUGGGCCGAUGGAUCUCAGCAACUGUGCUAUUGUCUCUUGUGGCAGAGUUCCUCUUGAUUCUUUACCAAAAGCUGUUCAUUCCCAUUUACAAGAGCAGGUCUAUGCCUUUGUUUCUUUAGGAAUUGGAUCUACGCCUUCAGCGAAAGAAAGACUCUUUGCUGGAUUCCUGGAUGCUGAUCAGUGCUUCAGAAUCUCAAGAACAGCUUCUUAGCUCUACUUCUUGAUGUGCUUCUUUGCCACUUACAUGCAUCUGAAUCUUCUUUUUAUGUCCUAACCAGAUAUUGAUAGAGACGAUGCCUAGAGAAAAGGAUCCAUUUCGGAGGUAUGUGACGUUCCUGAAUCAAAAUAACAGCAAGUGGAGGUGUAACUUCUGCAAACAUGAGAGUGGUGGAGGGGCUACAAGGAUCAAGGCUCACUUGGCUGGAAUUGGAGGCUUUGGUAUUAAAGGAUGUGAGAGAGUUGAUGUUAAUGUAAGAGCAGAAGCUAGGGAGGUACUGAUGCCUAAAAAAGUGAUGGACUUGAGCGACCAAGGCGUAUCUGAGGAAAGGAUACGAGGAAAUGCUAGAGCAGCUCCGAACAGCACAUCUGAUCCGCCAAAUGUGGAGGGAGGAACCAAUUUACAAUUUCCACAAGGUGUGCCUCCUUUGACACCACAAACUCGCGGAUGGAUGGAAGAGAUGGUGCAGGCAGUGAGGGAGGUCGACAUCGCAAACCUCCCAUUGGAUGGUGCAACCAGCUACACGAGUGCAUCUAAUCCGCCAAAUUCAUUCUUCCCUAAUUCACCAAAUCAACUGUUGCCUUCUUUUACCGAGCCCCUAACAUUAAAUGCACAACAGAAUCCAAGUGCGCCAUUGCCAUCACAAAACCGCCAGCUCCUUGAUAACACUUUUCAGAGUGAGUUACCGGCGUCCAUUAUGCCUGGUCCCAUUGCAUCAGAUUCUCAACUCACUAACAUGGCCACAACCAACACUCCCCAGCAUUCUAAUCAACCAGAUCAGAGCUUUCAUGGGCAGUGUGGACAUGGCACUGGUUUAUCUCCUCCAUGGGCAUCCAUGGAGAUAGAGCCACCUAUUCCAUCACAACCUUUCAAUGGACCUCUUAUUUUCGAGCCACUUAAUUCCCCACUGCAGAUUCCAGACGACAUCAUAGAUACAGUGGGCCCAUCAACAUCAGAAGUGCAAGCAGCUUUGGUGCCCCCUCAAAAUCAAAGUGUUCCACAUCAAUCCAUUAAUAAUGAGACAAGCAAUAAUGCUCCUCCGCCUUCUCAGAUUCCAACUUGUGGUACAGGUCUAAUAGGCCCAUUGUCAUUACUAGAAUUAGAUGUGAACAAAAGUGCGCCAACGACGAGUCUUCCGAACACAGGCAGCAACUUUGAAGAGAAUGGAGCUUUGAAAAGAAAAUUCAAACGACUCUAUAACAGAGAAUAUGACAUAAAGAAUGAGUUAAAAUAUGUCGCAUCUCUAUCCCUAAAGAAGCCAAGAAUGGAAGUUGCGAAUUGGUUGGCGAAUGUGGAGAAGCUAAGAAAUGAUUUCCCUUGUACUAAAGCAGCAAGCGAGGAUUGUUUGCCACCACAUCGACAGGUGGAUAUACUGAUGAGAGAAGCAGAAGACCUUACGAGACAUGGCAAUUUCCUUAGUGGACUAUUUGAGGCAAGAGAGAUCAAAGUCAGUAAAUUGUUAGAAGGAAAGAUGGUGGGAGAGGCAUUUAAGAGAAAUACUACAAAGAUUUUGGAAUACUUAGUAGGCAAUCAAGUAUCCAGAUUAGGCAUUUAUGGAAUGGGGGGUGUUGGUAAAACAACGAUUAUGGUGCACAUACAUAAUAGACUCCUCGAAGAAGCAAACUAUGGUAAUGUGUUGUGGAUCACCGUGUCACAAGAUUUUAACACACAAAAGUUGCAAGACAACAUUUGGGAUGCACUAAGUUUGGGCAUACUACGAGAAAAGGAUGUGAGGAAACGAGCAGCAAUGUUGUCCAAUUAUUUAACCAAAAGAGGGAAGUUUAUAAUAAUCCUCGAUGAUGUGUGGGAACGCUUUGAUCUUGAAGAGGUGGGAAUCCCUGUUAGAGCAGAUGGAUUUAAGUUGGUCUUAACCACUCGAUCCUUUGAUGUGUGCUGCCAGAUGCAUUGUCAAGAGAAAAUAAAAAUCGAACCUCUAUCUCAAAAAGAAGCUGAGAGUUUAUUUCUGGAGGAGCUUGGAUCUGAAGUGACACUUAAUUUGGAAAAUGAAGGAAUUGUGAAGUCCAUUGUUAAAGAAUGUCCAGGCUUGCCGCUUGCAGUUAUCACGAUGGCAGCAAGCAUGCGAGGAGUGACUGAUGUGUUUGAAUGGAAGGAUUACUUGGUGAAAUUGAAAGAAUCAGAUAUGGGGCAGACAGAUAUGGAAAAGAAGGUCUUAAUGAAAUUAAAAUUCAGUUACAAUCGCCUCGGUAAUCAUGAAGUUCAACAAUGUUUCUUAUCUUGUGCACUUUAUCCAGAAGAUAAAUUGAUUGAUAAAUUCGAGUUGAUAGAAUUCUUUAUUGACCAAGGAUUGAUUGGUGGAUUGAAUACAAGGGAGAGACAAUAUGAUAGAGGCCUCACCAUACUAAACAAAUUGGAAAGUGUUUGUCUAUUGGAAAAUUAUGAGAAAGAGGUGAAAAUGCACGAUUUGAUUAGAGACAUGGCAUUGCACAUCAUGAGUGCGACUUCCAUUGUAAAGGCAGGAAAGGGGUUGAUGAGGAUUCCACCUGAGGAAUAUUGGACAGAUGUUUUGGAGAAAGUUUCUCUGAUGCACAAUGACAUUAGAGAAUUUCCAUUGAGCAUGUCACCAAAUUGUCCUAAACUAUCAACUUUUCUAUUAAACAGAAGCAUGUCGUGUGAUGUAGUCAUCCUUGAUUCUUUCUUCAAACAAUUGCUAGGGCUAAAGGUUCUAAACCUGAGUGGAUGGGAUCUAAGAGAACUUCCAAAUUCCAUCUCAGACUUGGUAAACUUGAGAGCACUAUUGCUUUCACAUUGUUCUGGAUUGCACCGUAUUCCUUAUUUAGGGAAUCUUAGAUCUUUAAGAAAGUUGGACGUCAAUGGCUGUGUUUGUCUUGAAGCACUCGAGGGUCUAGGAAUGUUGGUGAACUUGAGAUACCUUGACCUAACUGAUACACGGAUUAAGAGAUUACCCAAAGGAACAUUGGGUGGUUUGGUAAACUUGCAACUUCUUCUAGUUGAGACAGUAGAUUUAGAAGACGUUACAAAAUUGUGGCCAUUGGAGGCCUUUUUAUGCUACUUCGAAGAUGUGGAUGAUUUCAACAAGUGUGUAAAGGUUAUUAAGCAAAGUAGUCCUCACCGUUACAUGCUCGGAGUGGAUCAAGAAAAAUUGAAGUUUUAUGUCAGAGUAAUUGAUGAUGCUAGAUUUUGGAAUAGGAAGAGUGUCGAAAUUCAUGAGUGGAAUCAUAGUAUCGUGAGCGCAAGAAGGGAAAGCACUGGCAUUUGCAUUUUGAUUCCCCAAGAUGUGAAAAAUUUGACAUGGCGAAAAUGCAACGGUACAUCAAAUUUGUCUGACAUGGGUAUGCUUGAAAACCUUGAGAAGCUAAAAAUAGAAGGAUGUAAAAAUUUGCGGGUUCUAUGUGGAGGACAAGGCGAAGAAAUAAUGGACAUCCAUGACUCCCCUGCCCCAACCCCUGCCCCUCUUCUCUUCCCAAGCCUUGGGGUUUUGAAAGUAUCCGGAUGUCCGAAAUUGAAGUAUCUUUUUGGGCAUGGGUCUAUAUUCUACCUUCCGCAUCUACUGAAGAUUGCAAUUAAUGAUUGUGAGGAAAUGGUAGGGAUAACAGCUACGGUUACAUCACCAUCAUCAUAUAUGCUCCCAGCCUUCCCUAGUCUAGAAGAGAUUAUUGUUGUGGGGUGUGAUAAAAUGAAGAGAGUGGUGGAAUCUAAGUGGCUGCCCCACUUUCCUAAUACGAGAAGAAUCACAGUAAUCAAUUGUGAGAACAUGGAGGAGAUAAUCGAAGGUCUUCCCCCAUACAAUCCAGUUGAAGAGAUUUCUCUCGAAUCCCUUGUGGUAAAUUGUUGCCAUAACAUGAGAAAGCUGUUUCCGCAUGAGUUGCUGAUCCAUCUUCAAAAUCUUCAAGAUAUUGAGGUCGACUAUUGCAAAAGAAUGGUAGAGAUGAUAAGCAGAGUGGAACAAGGCCAAGAAGGAAGCAUAAUGACUCCCGUAAACAACACCCAUUCAUCUUACCAGUUUUCAAUUUCUCUCCAGCUGAAGCGAUUUCGGCUAUGUGAUCUACCUCAGCUGAAGAGCAUAAGUGAAGUCCCAAUAACUUGCAAUUCCAUGGAAUUUAUGAAGGUGUCCAAAUGCCCAGAACUCAACAGGAUUUCUUUGCGACUGCGAUUAGGUGAUAUUGAGGAUCUUCCGUAUAUUUGGGUGGAAGAUGAGGAAAAGUGGAAGACACUGAUGUGGGAUCAUCCCAAUGCUCAGGCUAUUCUUCAACCUUAUCUUCAAAAAGUGGAACACGCUAAUGAAAGACUUUUUUGGGGGAGCUCGUGUUCUCCAAAUGCCCUAGUAUUAUCCGCCAAGGGAAAGGAUCUCCUAUGACGCUGCUCUUGAAGAAAGCCCUGCUACUCGAGCAUGCUUUCCUGCAAACUCAACACAAGUUGCCAUGUGAGUAACUUUUUUGGUGUGAUGUACCUUGUUGGGCAAAAGGGACGUUAUAUUAUAUAUUUUGAAUGACGUCGCAUGUUUUAUUGAGUACUGGAAAUGAGUCAUCUCCAAGGACUAGUUAAGAGAUGAUGCUUUUUUGUAACCCUUCCCAUCUCAUUUUCCUUGUCAGAUUGGAUCCUUGUAAGCAGUUGGUUUGGGUGAAGACCACUUAUAUUCUGGAA